UAUGACGUCCCUUUAUUCUUAAACCGACACAACAAGUCCAGUGGUUUUUCGUGUGAAAUUGGGAAUGGUAGGUAUGGAAUAACAAUAGCUUCUUGGCUGAUCAGGAUUUAUUUUCAGACCCAUCCUUUUUAUUACUUUUAUUUUAUUUCUUCCUGCUACGGACGGCUCCAAGAUUCCGAUUUCAGUACUGCUGAACUACUACUACUUAGUACUGGUUACCACCACCAUGGCCUUGUCAGAGAUACGAUCCAUGAUUGCCCACCUUUUGCACAAUGCAAUUUCCCCCCUUCUCCUCUCUGGCCCUCCACAACAACCCCCCCUCCCACCCUCCCACCCUCCCACUUGCCCCCCUGCUCCACCUGCUUUGUUAAAUUGGGAGGGUCGGAGCUUGCCAAAGAUAGUCCAGUCCGUCCAAAAAAAUUUUCCCUCAUCUGUUAUCAAAGGACCCAGGAACAUAUUUCUACUUCCUGUCUCCCUCCCGCAGUCAAUCUGCGCGCCACUAAUGCACAAUUUUGCACCACUCAUAUACACCAUUAUUAUUUUCUUUCCUCCGCACCUAAAGUUUGCGAGCCGAUAAACUGUUGAAUCCGGAAUUCCGGUCUCCUAGUCAUCAAUGGCCGAUUCAGCGUCUUCUCCCGAAGUGCGGCAGGCCUUGGAACGGGGUCGGGACGGUCAUACCGAUAAGGCAACGAAUGACAUCUUAGAAGCAGCCAUUACAAGCCUCUGGAAGAAGAUAAAUGCACAGAAGGAUUAUGUGCUCGACCGCGACGAGUUUGCUCUAUUCAAUUAUUUCAUAUAUCGCUACAAGGGCAAUGUUGUUGCACAACGGACCGUCGCACGGUUCUGGGACCAUUACCGAGGCGAUCCGAACGCGACUGGAAGCAAGACAUAG